AUGUCCGAGAUAUUGUGCGAGUGGCUGAACGAGGAGGUGAAGCUCUCCCGGAGCGUGGUUCCAAGAUCAAUUUCAGAAGAAUUUUCUACCGGCUACCUCCUUGGAGAACUUCUGCACAAAUACGGUCUUCAGGAUGACUUUAAUCAGUUUUCACAGAGCAGGGCUGCAAAUGCAAAGCUUAACAAUUUUUCUCUCCUGGAGCCCACACUUCACCUGCUUGGAGUACAGUUUAAUGAGAAUGUGGCCCAUGACAUCAUGAUAGGAAAGCAUGGGGCUGCAACAAAGCUUUUAUAUGAAUUGUACAUUGCUUUAGAAAAAAAAAGAAAAACAAAGCUCACUGGAGUAGCUAUGGAAGCAAUAAGACCUGCAGUACCUGCAAGGCUCAAGUCUAUUGGAAGUGUUUCAUUUCGAGAGCGUUUGAAAUCUUUAACAUCACAUCAGGCUGAUUUGCAACUACAGCAGGUUUCAGAUCAUUUUGAAAUGAAAUCUAAGACAAUAGAAGAUAAAAUAGCUCAUAUCCAUAUUUCAGAACAACAGAAAUCUCAAAAACUUCAAGAGAAACAAAGAGCCCAAGACACUGAAAAGCAUCGCAUAGGAAGAAGACAAAAUGAAAUAAUGGCCCGGAUUCAAGCAGCUGUUAUACAGGUUCCAAAGCCAUCACUAAGCCACACCUUAAAAGCUAAUGAAGCAAAAAAAUUGCUAAAGAAGAAAAGAGAAGUGGAGGACACUUACAAGGAGAUUAACAAGUUUGAGAAGUCCAUUGUAGGAAAUGCUUUUGAAGUACACAGCCAAGUCAUUGAUAGUGACAUACAAGAAUCAUUUCAAACACAGAAGUUGCAAGAAACAACCCUAGAAACUACAGCACAGGCAGCAACUGAGCUGUUACCUACUUAUUCAGAUGAUGAGUAUGUAAGAAAAAUUCAAAAACAUUUGGAGGAAGAUGUGUUUGCUAGAGAACAACGAGAAAAAAGACGUCGUAAAAUGUUAAUGGAACAGUUAAUAGCACAUGAAACAGAAGAGGAGAUUUACCAGGAGGAACAACUUAUUUACAAGCUCAUGAGACAAUCUCAGCAGGAGCGGAGGAUUGCUGUUCAGCUCAUGCAUGUUCGACAUGAGAAAGAGGUCUUAAAACAAAACAGAAUUUUCAGGGAAAAACAGUAUGAACAAAGACGACUUAAGGAGUUUCAGGAAGCUCUUGACAGAGAGGCGGCUCUUGCGAAACAAGAAAAAAUUGAUUGUGAAGAACAAAUUGCCAAGGAAAGAGAGCAUCAUGAGAAAAUUGCCACUGAAAGAGCUCAGGCUCGUUAUAAAAAGCAUUAUUCCAUAUGUCAGGAAGUGAUUGACCAAAUUGUUGAUUUGUCAACAAAAAUAGGAGAAUAUCGAAUGCUGACAAACAACAAAGUUCCAUUGAAACUGAUCUGUGAUUGGAAGGAAUUAUUUUUUAAUGGAAAAUCGAUAUAUGAAAAAGCCUCAAUUAAAACUUUGCCAAGUGAACCAAACUCAGAACAACUUAUAGAGUUGAAUAAAAUGGAUCUGUUAGAUGAAAAAGAUUAUGGUGAAUACAAGAGUAUGACAGGGGAAUGGUGUCCAACUGACAAGAACAGAGAAAACAUAUCUCCUCUUAAUAACAACAUAUUGGGUCAUGUGCUUCAUAGACUGAUGGAGAUUUUCUAUCCUUCAAAACCCAGAUCUUCACUGCCUAUAAUUCCUCCGUUUCACAUCAAGGGAUGUAUUCUGGGAAAACCUUUUAGUGGAAAAACUACCUGUGUAAAUUUUCUUGAAAAAGUUUGCAAUAUUCAGGUCCUGUCUGUUGAUACUCUGGUUCAGGAGGCCAUCCAAGCUUUUCUUAAUAAUGAAAUGAAAACUGAAUACAACUUGAUUUCACAGGAAGCAGAGAGCUCUGCCAAACAAAACAAGGUUCAGAGGAACUUCUCAGCAUCAUCAAUGACAUUUCUAACAAGAACAUCUGCUAAUGGAACUGGAGGUAACUGUUCUGUCAAAAAGCAUCCGUCUGAUCAGGAAAUUGUAUCAGACCACAAAGAGAAUGACAUAUCUGAGCUAUCUGUACGUGCCCAGCUUGGCGCUGCAUCACAGAAAUUUCUGAAGAAAGGAAAAAGUAUCCCUGAUGAAUUACUAGUUGACAUCCUAUUGGAAGCCAUUAACCACACACCACCAGAGAAGGGAUGGAUUCUGGAUGGAUUUCCAAUGACGAUUAAUCAGGCAAGGCUAUUUGAAAAAGCCUGUACAGGGAUUGAUUCAGAUGAAACGGAAGCAAAAUAUGUGAACUGUGGAAAGCUCUCACUUGUUACAAAUCCUAGAACUCCUAAUGAGCCUCCUGUUGCCAUACCUGCAUUUGAUGUUUCUGUAUUAUUGGAUAUUUCAGACAUCACAGUAUUGAAACGAUUGGCUAGCUUGAAGCCAGAUAAAUCAAAGUCCUCUCAAACUGAACAGGAGGACAACGGUCAAAAUUCAGAUGUUAAAAUCGUAGAAGAGAUGACUGACUUAGCAAGGGACCAGGUGCUGCAUAGAAUUUCAGGCUUCCUAGACACAUGGCCAGAAUUAGAGAACUGGUUUUCAGACCAUCAAAACACUCUAGUGAAGGUCAGUGCAGAGACAGAAGAAAGUAUUGUGUGCAAAACUGUAAAGGAAAUUCUGAUUGAAGAAAUUGACAAAAAGCAGAAUAAAAGGUCUGUACGAGAAAAAUCACCAGACGAAAAGGCUUUGCCAGUUAAACCUCAAGAUCUGCUUUCUCCUAUUCCUGUGACACCACUACUGAUUAAGCCAGGAACGGGUGAAUGGAUUUAUGUAGAUGAGCCACUUCCCAAGGAGAUACCUGAUUUUUUAGUACCUUACUGGGAAAUGGUAGAAAAUGUGUAUGUGAAUACCAUCAAAACUGUACUUAGAUGUCUAAGGGAUGAACAGUACUCCAUGAUACAUUAUUUAGCAGAUAUUAGAAAAAAUUUCCAAGAUUAUUUAAAGCAUCCAGAUCAUAAGCAGGAGUUUGUAUCCCAGUGGCAAUCAGAUUUUAAUUCAGUUUCUGAUGACCUGAGGGAAGAUGAGGAAACAAAAGCAGAACUACACCAAAGACUGACUGAUUUAAGGGAUCUUCUGUGGGAUAUCUGUGAUAAAAGAAGGGAAGAAGCAGAGCAGGAACGUACUGAUAUCAUGAAUGAUGGCUGGUUGCGAGAUCAUAAGGGGAUUGCAAUAAACCAUUUUUUUUCACUUAUGCAGGUUGAAGUGGAUCGUUUUCAAGAUACAAAGAGACUUCUUCAUGACUACUACAGAGCAAUGGAAGGAAAAAUCCCAACAGAAGACAGACAAGUUUUUACUAGACUCCCAUUGCUAGAUAUUGUCGAUAAAGAGCAGAAAGAAGAUCAGAAUGAAUCAAGAAGAAUUCCUCUAGUUCCUUAUAACCUGCCUUCACCAGAAACAAAUAUUACCAAAUCAAAAAGCAAGGGAACUCUACUGAAGAGUGUUAAGGAUGAGAAUUCUUCUGAAAAUGUAGUGGUUGCUUUUGGGAAAGAUGAAAAUGUUAUUUCUGAUACAUGGCAAACAGCAGUAACAGCAGUAUCUGAUAUGGUAAGAACAGAAGUACAGUCAAAAGAAGUGAAGGAAGAAGGAGAAAAGCAGCUACAAGUGAAAGAAGAUCUGAAGUCUUCUCAGACAAUGUUAAGCAGGUCUACUGGGAAGGAUGCCAAAGACACCAAAAAAUCCCCCAAAUCACCUACUAAAAAGAAAGGACCUUCUUCUACUGCCUCAGCAACUGAAGGCAGUCCAGUUCCUUUAACCUCUGAAGAACUGAAGAAACAAAAACUGACACUUAAAAUACAGCAAGAAUACUUUGCUGCCCUGAAACAUGAGGAGAAAGCUACAAAAACUCGACUAAAACUUAUAAAAGAAAAAGCUUUAGCAUAUGUUGGAGAGUUAACAAUGAAAGCAGAAGAAGCUUAUAAAGAUAUGGAAAAGUGGCUUGGAGCAAGGUUCCUGGCAGAAAUGUCCAGUGUAGAAAAGCUGAUUGAGGUAGGACGGCACCAUAUUGAAAGUUCUAGCAAAAUCCAGUAUGAAAUGAAUUUAGAAGAAACAGAUUUCUUCAUCAGCAGUGAUGUAAAAUUGAUUCCUGACCCUGUUCCUCCACCACGAGUUCCACUAAUAGAGACCUGUGAAAGUAGUACUUUAACUAUUUCACAACUUACCACACUUCAUAAACAUUUUCUACAAGUGGCACCAAAAGCCAUAAGAGCACUGAAGCAAUUUAAAGGCAGGAGUAAUUCUUCUAGCAAGAGAGAAAUUGAUGACAGAGGGAAGGAAAAGAAAGCUUUGGAACAUCCAAGAAUAAAGAAGAAUCGCCAGUUUCCAAAAAUAUGGCUGACAAAAUACUCCUGGUUAAAAUAUGAUGAUGAAAGGGGAAUAAUGUUCUGUGCAUUGUGUCGCAAGCAUAAUGUGGACUUGGGGGAAAGCAUUCAUAAUUUUUGUUCUGGCACUGAUGACUUCAAACUGGAAUUUAUAAAUAUACACCAGAACAGUGAAGCUCAUGCUUGGGCUACCUGCAUGGAAGCUGCCAGUACUGCUUCACCAAAUACAGUUUCUGCUGAGCAGAUGUUGAAGAGUAUGAACUCCAUAACAAUAGGAAGAGUAGAAGGUACUUUUAGAUCAUGCCAUGCAAUUGCUAAAUCUGGUUGGCCCUUUACAGACUUGGACUGGAUCUGUGAACUAGAUGAUGCGAAAGGAACAGACACUGGUUCUGUAUUCAGAAAUGAAAAGUCAGUAAGAAUGUUUAUGCCUUUUGUGGCUGAAGUAGAAAGAAUAUCUCUAAAAGAGAAACUGGAGAAUUGUAAAUUCUUUUCUCUUAUCAGUGAUGAAUUCACAGAUAGUAUAUUCAAAUCAGUGGUGGUUGUCUAUGUGAGCUUUGCAAAUGAAGGAAAAGUUCACUGCCAGAUUGUUGGGGUUCAACCUGUUCAAAACAAUGAUGCUUCAACUAUAAAAAGUGCGAUUGAGGAAACAUUUCAAAUAAAUCUUCAGCUUAGCUUGGCAAGUCAAGACUGCUCAAGAAAAUUAGUUGGAUUUGGAAGCGAAGGGACUGGUGUAAUGACUGGUCAAAAUGAUGGAGUAGCUAAUCUCGUGAGGGAAAUUCAACCUUGUGUACAGUCUGUGCAUUGUUUUGCUCACUGCCUAAGACUGUCUUACAAGGGAGCACUGGAAAACAUUCAGCUACACAGUAUCUUAACCAGUGGCUUGAGAAAUAUGUACUACUUUUAUCACAACUCUACUCUAAAUAAGAAUAAUCUCAAAGCUAUAUAUGAAGCCAUCAAUUUACAUCCAGCUAUUCCAUCUCGCAUUGGAGGCUCCCAGUGGCUUCCUCGCCUACAGACAGCUCUACAGAUUCUCCUUAAAGGUGAAUUUGUUCUACAUCUGAAUAAGAUUGAAGGAGAUUCAAGGACCUCGAAUAGGCAGAAAGUCAAAGGCCUAUUGUAUCUCCUUCUGAAAAUGGAGGUAGUCAAGUUUUCCCACUUCUUAUUGGAUGUCAUCAAUGUCCUCAACAUUCUGUUGCGUGUUACUCUGGAUCACAAUUCCUCGAUUGCAGAUAUAUUUGCUACCAUGCAGUCAACUGUGGAAACGCUCCAAAUGUAUCAAACAAGAGCUGGUCCAAAGGAACGCUUGACGGAAACCAUUCAGUAUUUUCAUGGUCACCAGCUUGUUGGAAAUGGAAAUAUUUCAGCAGUACGAACCAAAGUACUAAGUGAUUUGGUGAAGAGAUUAGGUGAUCGUUUCUGUGAUGCUAAUCAAGAUGUCUUGAAAGCAACUCUUAUUGGAAGUUUUAAACUAUGGCCUGACAAAAUGAAACAAGUUAUAGAAUUUGGUGAAAAGGAAGUAUCUGUCUUGAGUAAACAUUAUGAAGCCAUACUAAAAGCUGCUAGUGUGAAGAUCAGUGAAGUUGGAACUGAAUGGAGCAUGCUGAAAUUAGAGCUUUAUAACAGAUUUCAGAACAUCCAGACCUUGACAUGGGAUUCAGUGAAUGCACACUAUUCAAAGAAGUAUCCCAAUAUCCUGGCAUUGGUAGAUCUGAUCCUAACUCUGCCAGCAAGCUCAGCUGAAACAGAGCAAAGCUUCAGUCAAAUGGAACAUCAUGAUGCAUCUGCACUCUAA